UCAGAGCAGACACGCAGCUGUGAGAGCAGCACACACGACAGUCACCUGUGGAGCAGCCGAACUCUGGUUUAAACUAGAUUCUUCUUUAUUUUGGUUAGUUUUAAAUCAACGCUUCACUUGUUUUUCGUCAGACUUUGAGUCUUCAAGAUGACGGACACACUUUUACCGAACGGAAUCCAAGACGGUGGAGGAGACGGCAGCUACUUCAGAAAGGGUUGUAACCCAUUUGCCCAGAGUGGACGAAGCAAACUGCAGAACAAGCGAGCCAGUCUGAACCAGCAGAUCAUCAAAGAGAUGAGGAUGAGGGCCGGAGCUGAGAACCUGCUGAAGGCCUCGUCUAACAACAAGGUUAAAGAGAUGGUUAUGUUGGAGUUGAGCUAUGUGAACGCCAACCUGCAACUGCUGACGGGACAGCUGGAAGCACUGAACAGCUCAGUGGAGGUCUACCAGAACACCCAGGAAACUGCUAACAUCCCGCUCAUUGCUCUGGGUCUGAAGGAGACCAAAGAAGUGGACUUCUCUACUCUGUUCAAGGACUUUAUCUUGGAGCACUACAGUGAAGAUGGCAACAGUUUUAAUGAUGAGAUUGCCGACCUGAUGGACCUGCGACAGGCUUGCCGAACGCCCACUCGAAGUGACGCCGGAGUGGAGCUGUUAGCAAAAUACUACAGUCAUCUUCCUCUGAUAGAGACCAGAUUCUUCUCCCCUAAUCACCAGGCUGGCAUCUUCUUCACCUGGUACGACUCUUUCACUGGAGUGCCAGUGUGCCAACAGAACCUGUCCCUGGAAAAGGCCAGCGUGCUUUUCAACAUGGCUGCCCUCUACUCUCAGAUUGGCACUCGUAGUGAUCGGCAGACAAUUGUCGGUCUGGAGGAGGCCAUCUCUUCUUUUCAGAAAGCUGCAGGGACCCUACACCACCUGAAGGAGACAUUCACACACACCCCCAGCUACGACAUGAGUCCAGCCAUGCUCAGUAUGCUGAUUCGGAUGAUGCUGGCUCAGGCUCAGGAGUGCCUGUUUGAAAAGACUGCAUUGCCAGGGAUCCGCAACCAGUUCUACUCCCUGAUGAAGAUGGCUCAGGAGGCUGCAAAGGUCUCGGAAACCUACGACCAAGUCCAUCAGUCCAUGAUCCAGACGCCAAUCAAAGACAAUGUCCCGUUCUUCUGGUCCACCAUGUCACAAGUCAAAACCAACCACUACCGCUCCAUGGCGCACUUCUUUGUAGGCUCAGCUCUGCUCGACCACCAGUUGGGUCCCAGUGAUGAUGAGGACCAGCAGGAAAAGACCUUGUCUCAGGUGUAUGAUCGCCUUCCUGAGGGAUGCUCUCCUCUGGACAUCCUGAAGGACAGAGAAGAACGAAACCGAAUUGGUAAAGCACACAUCCGACGGGCCAUCCUGGGUCAUGAGGAGGCGCUGAGGAUUUACGGUUUGUGCCACCAUCUGAACAAGCUGGAGAUCCUGGAGGACAUUUUAAAAGCCAGCCACCAGCGCACACUCAACAAGUACAGUGAAAAUGAGAAUCAGGAAGAAUUCACUGACUACAUGGAGGCGCCGGACAUAAUCUCUAAAACAGAGCACAAAGCAGAGCUGGAAGUUCCCGCAACCACAAAGGUGAAAGUCACCGACUUUUUCCAGAGGCUGGGUCCCUUGUCAGUCUUCUCAGCCAAGCAGCGGUGGACUGCUCCACGGACAAUACAACUUCGUCCUGAAGACAGAGACCUGGGAUUCACCCUGAAAGGAGACUCACCAGUCCAGGUGGUUUCGUUGGACCCCCUCUGCCCAGCUGCUGCUGACGGGCUCAAAGAAGGUGACUUUAUUAUUGCUGUGGGCGACACUGACUGCAAAUGGUUUAGUGUGAGUGAGGUGAUGCGGCUUCUGAAGGACGUGGAUGAAGAGGGGAUUGACAUACAGGUGGUCAGCUUGAUGGACAGCAAUCCUCAAAUGCCUACCAAGAGUGCCACCUUCUCUGGAAAUCUGCCCAAGACCUACUCCAUGAUUUGUCUGGCCUAUGAUGAUGACGACAAAAAGUCCCGCAAAGUAUCCAAGAAGUCAUCCUUCCUCAACUGGGGCCUGAAGAACAAACUAAAGAGUGCCAGCACCCUCAGCCUUCCCACAGCUGACUCUGGCUCCCUACCAUGGAAUAAACACUGCCCCACCUUCCCCAGCUCCAGCUCCUACAACAAUGACAGUGCUCUGUACUGAACCUGCUGCAGACUCUGUCCUGUCUGCCAGCAUUGUGCAGUAUGCAUAUUGAGCCUAGCAUGGCUGCAUACAGUACUGUGCUGUACUCAAACUGGACCUACCAUGGCACAGUGUCAGUGCCGUUUGGUGUUUCCACUGGAAUACUGAGCAGUAGUGUACGUAGCUUCUAUAACAACAAUGUGACAUCACUGCCAGCUGCCUUGGAAAGUGGCUAUAUAUGUGGCUGCAUAUGGGUGCCUAUGUGAGUACACGGGUGCCGUCCCAGCGCAGUUCAGUAUCUGAAGUGAAAUCACUCUCUACCAGGCCAGUCUGUGUACAGCACAGUACAACUGCACUAUGGGAAAAACAAGCCAGCUUUCAUCCCAGGAUACAUACAGCACACAUAAUAGAGACAUGUGGCACUUGGACAGCAUCCUAAGUUCUGUCAUCUCA